ACUUACUGGUGUGAUGUCACGGCUUGAUCACAGCUGCAAAGAGAGACAGUGUCCACAGCAGGACUUGAGUGCAAGUCUCUCUAUAAGAAGGCUCUCUCCCGUUGCCCCCUUGGUGGCCCCUGCCCUGGGUCUACUUCUUAGGCCAGCCCCAGAAAGCAAUGGGAAAGCAUUUUCCUCUUUCUAGCCGUGGGUGGGAGGCUUUCUGUAUUGGGGAGAUAAAGAGCACUUUCAGGAUGAUUUUUAUCAGCCUGAGCAAGCCUGCUUGACUUACAGGAAGAAGGCCGCUCAAUUUGCAUUUGGAGAGAGAAGGGCAGCAGUGAACACUGGGUAGGUUUAUAAAUAAACAGUCUGCCGAGGGCAUUGUCUGUCCCCAGCCGGACAAUGCUGGACUCAUAUUGACACCACAGCCUGUUCUGCACGUCAGAGCUGCCCUUUGGACAGAAAGACCUGCUUGGGACUGUGCAAGAGACAGCACUGUGCUCAGACAGCAUAGAACCGACUCGGCACCCCCUUCACCACGGCCUACCUCUCCCAACAUUGCAACAGCCUUGAGUUGUGACCGACUGCCAGAGGCCUGGGCAGGAGGAUGGACCUUGAGUGAAGUGGAGGGGCUGUGAGCAGCUGACCAGCACAGGAACACUAGUGACUCUUGGCUCACUGAGGCUGGACCACGUUCAUGGCUCUCGGGUAGAACCUAGCGAACCGGCCAGAAUGAAUUCUAUGGAUAGGCACAUCCAGCAGACCAAUGACCGUCUGCAGUGCAUCAAGCAGCACUUACAGAACCCCGCCAACUUCCACAAUGCUGCUACAGAGCUCCUGGAUUGGUGUGGAGACCCUCGAGCCUUCCAGCGGCCCUUUGAGCAGAGCCUCAUGGGCUGCCUGACGGUUGUCAGCCGCGUGGCUGCCCAACAAGGGUUUGACCUGGACCUGGGCUACAGACUUUUGGCUGUGUGUGCUGCCAAUCGAGACAAGUUCACCCCCAAGUCUGCUGCCCUGCUGUCCUCCUGGUGUGAAGAACUUGGCCGUCUGCUGCUGCUCCGACAUCAGAAGAGCCGCCAGAACGACCCCCCUGGGAAACUCCCCAUGCAGCCCCCCCUCAACUCCCUGAGCUCCAUGAAACCCACUCUGUCGCACAGUGAUGGGUCAUUUCCUUAUGACUCUGUCCCGUGGCAGCAGAACACCAAUCAGCCUCCUGGCUCCCUCUCCGUGGUCACCACAGUGUGGGGAGUGACGAACACAUCCCAGAGUCAGGUCCUUGGGAACCCUAUGGCCAAUGCCAACAACCCUAUGAACCCAGGUGGCAACCCCAUGGCAUCGGGCAUGAGCACCAGCAACCCCGGCCUCAACUCCCCGCAGUUCGCAGGGCAGCAGCAGCAGUUCUCCACCAAAGCUGGCCCCGCACAGCCCUAUAUCCAGCCCAACAUGUAUGGCCGGCCCGGCUACCCUGGUAGCGGGGGCUUCGGAGCCAGUUACCCUGGGGGUCCUAGUGCCCCUGCAGGCAUGGGCAUCCCUCCACACACCCGACCUCCUGCUGAUUUCACCCAACCAGCUGCUGCUGCUGCAGCAGCUGCAGUAGCAGCAGCAGCCGCCACAGCCACAGCCACAGCCACAGCUACAGUGGCAGCCUUGCAAGAGACACAGAACAAGGAUAUAAACCAGUAUGGACCGGUGUGUUCCUCUUUCCAGAUGGGUCCCACCCAGGCGUAUAACAGCCAAUUCAUGAACCAACCCGGGCCUCGGGGGCCUGCCUCCAUGGGGGGCAGCAUGAACCCUGCCAGCAUGGCAGCUGGCAUGACACCUUCGGGGAUGAGCGGCCCUCCCAUGGGCAUGAACCAGCCCCGACCACCUGGCAUCAGCCCCUUUGGCGCACACGGGCAAAGGAUGCCCCAGCAGACCUACCCAGGCCCCCGGCCCCAGUCCCUCCCUAUUCAGAGCAUAAAGAGGCCAUACCCGGGAGAGCCCAACUAUGGAAACCAGCAAUAUGGACCAAACAGCCAGUUCCCCACCCAGCCAGGCCAGUACCCCACCCCUAACCCCCCAAGGCCACUCACAUCUCCCAACUACCCCGGACAAAGGAUGCCGAGCCAACCCAGCACCGGGCAGUACCCACCCCCCACAGUCAACAUGGGGCAGUAUUACAAGCCAGAACAGUUUAAUGGGCAGAACAACACCUUCUCUGGAGGCAGCUACAGCAGCUACAGCCAAGGGAGCGUCAACAGGCCUCCCAGGCCAGUUCCUGUGGCAAAUUACCCCCACUCACCCGUUCCAGGGAACCCAACGCCCCCCAUGACGCCUGGGAGUAGCAUACCUCCCUACCUGUCCCCCAGCCAAGAUGUCAAGCCACCUUUCCCACCUGACAUCAAGCCAAAUAUGAGCGCUCUGCCACCACCCCCAGCCAACCACAAUGAUGAGCUACGGCUCACGUUCCCCGUGAGGGAUGGCGUGGUUCUGGAGCCCUUCCGCCUGGAGCACAACCUGGCCGUCAGCAACCACGUGUUCCACCUGCGGCCCACGGUUCACCAGACGCUGAUGUGGAGGUCAGACUUGGAGCUGCAGUUCAAGUGCUACCACCACGAGGACCGGCAGAUGAACACCAACUGGCCAGCCUCAGUGCAGGUCAGCGUCAACGCCACACCCCUCACCAUCGAGCGAGGCGACAACAAGACCUCCCACAAGCCCCUGCACCUCAAGCAUGUAUGCCAGCCUGGACGCAACACCAUCCAGAUCACUGUCACCGCCUGCUGCUGUUCCCACCUCUUCGUGCUGCAGCUGGUACACCGGCCCUCCGUGCGCUCUGUGCUGCAGGGCCUCCUCAAGAAGCGCCUACUGCCCGCUGAGCACUGCAUCACGAAAAUCAAGCGGAAUUUCAGCAGUGUGGCUGCCUCCUCGGGCAACACGACUCUCAACGGGGAGGACGGUGUGGAGCAGACCGCCAUCAAGGUGUCUCUGAAGUGCCCCAUCACAUUCCGGCGCAUACAGCUGCCUGCUCGAGGCCAUGACUGCAAGCACGUGCAGUGCUUUGACCUGGAGUCAUACCUCCAACUGAAUUGCGAGCGAGGGACCUGGAGGUGUCCUGUGUGCAAUAAAACGGCUCUGCUCGAGGGUCUGGAGGUGGAUCAGUAUAUGUGGGGGAUCCUGAAUGCCAUCCAACACUCCGAGUUUGAAGAGGUCACCAUUGACCCCACGUGCAGUUGGCGGCCAGUGCCCAUCAAGUCAGACCUCCACAUCAAGGACGACCCUGAUGGCAUCCCCUCAAAGCGGUUCAAAACCAUGAGCCCCAGCCAGAUGAUUAUGCCCAAUGUCAUGGAGAUGAUUGCCGCUCUGGGCCCUGGCCCAUCACCCUACCCCCUCCCACCUCCUCCUGGGGGCACCGGUUCCAACGACUACAGCAGCCAAGGAAACAACUACCAGGGCCAUGGCAACUUUGACUUCCCCCAUGGGAAUCCCGGAGGGACAUCUAUGAAUGACUUCAUGCAUGGGCCCCCCCAGCUCUCCCACCCACCGGACAUGCCCAACAACAUGGCCGCCCUUGAGAAACCCCUCAGUCACCCCAUGCAGGAAACUAUGCCCCAUGCUGGCAGUUCUGACCAGCCCCAUCCCUCCAUACAACAAGGUUUGCACGUACCACACCCCAGCAGCCAGGCAGGGCCUCCAUUACAUCACAGUGGGGCUCCUCCUCCUUCCCAGCCUCCCCGGCAGCCGCCACAGGCCGCUCCCAGCAACCAUCCACACAGCGACCUGACCUUUAACCCCUCCUCAGCCUUAGAGGGUCAGGCCGGAGCACAGGGAGCAUCCGACAUGCCGGAACCUUCACUGGAUCUACUGCCGGAACUCACAAACCCCGAUGAGCUCCUGUCCUACCUGGACCCCCCCGACCUUCCAAGCAAUAGCAACGAUGACCUCCUGUCUCUCUUUGAGAACAACUGAAGGCCACCCUCCCCACUACGCCC